AUUUUUAGCUUGUCUUGGACUUGAAUUGUGUGUAUAUAUUAUAUUAAAUAUACGAGUUACAGCCCUUUUAAAUGGGAACUAAAAACCCUCAACCCAAUACAUUGUAUCCUGCUGGAUAUGAAGAUAAUAAUAGCAACAGUGAUGAAAGUGAUGGGAUGGUAGCAAGUCAUGAAGCACUUCUCCCUCAUAGCGACACACAACACAACACUGGCUUGAAGAACCAACCACCUAAAGGGCCAGCUGUUUUUCCAAAAAUGCCGGAAAACGAAGAGAAAAUUGAGGUCGUUAGCGACGGAAUUUCCCCAAUGAGGAAAUAUGCGUCGGUGUUCGUACUAUUUCUAAUCAAUCUUUUGAACUACAUGGAUCGUUUUACUAUUGCAGGUGUCCUUAUGCAGAUCCAAGAAUACUUUAACAUCAGUAAUGGAUCCGCUGGUCUUUUGCAAACCGUAUUUAUCAUCAGCUACAUGGCUGUUGCACCCCUCUUCGGUUUCCUAGGCGACAGAUACAAUAGAAAACUCGUGAUGUUGGCUGGUAUGAUCGUGUGGUCGGGAUGCACGCUCUUUGCAUCUUUUGUGAAUAAUCAGUCGCAUUUCUUGUUGUUCCUUGUACUACGUGGAUUAGUCGGCAUCGGGGAGGCUUCAUAUUCAACCAUAGCACCAACCAUCAUUGCCGAUCUGUUCGUCAAAGAAAAGCGAACUAACAUGCUCUCCGUGUUUUAUUUUGCUAUACCAGUGGGCAGUGGUCUCGGUUACAUCAUUGGCUCUGCAGCUGCACAAGCAUUUGGAUCAUGGCACUGGGCACUAAGGAUCACUCCUGGCCUUGGAUUGAUCACCAUGGCUCUCAUGAUGGUGGUAAUACCUAAUCCAAAGAGAGGAGCAUCAGAAGCCAACAACACUAUAGAAACAACCGGUAAAUUGGAACGAGAAACUUCUUAUAAAGAAGACCUCAUUUACAUUUUAAAAAACAAAAGUUUCAUUUGCGUGACCAUUGGAUUUACAUUCAUGGCGUUUGUUGUUGGAUCUCUCACAAUCUGGGGACCAAUAUUUGUUGCUUAUUCACAAGUUGUUACUGGCACACUGCAACCAUGCACAGAUGAUAAUUGUGAAUAUGGAGAUGUGUCGUUUGUUUUUGGAUUGAUCACAUGUGUGGCGGGAUUUAUCGGAGUGUGGGCAGGAGCGGAGUGGUCGAAGAGAUGGAAAGCAAGAGGACAGAAGAAUGCUGAUGCUCUUGUGUGUGCUAUUGGUUUGGUUAUUGCAGCUCCAUUAUUAUUGGCUGGAUUUCAACUUGCAACUAUCAAUCUUCCUUCUGCAUGGACUUUUAUUUUCUUGGCUGAUCUUGCUCAAUGUUUGACAUGGACACUAGUUGGUGAUAUGACGCUGUAUGUGACAAUGCCAAGUAGAAGAUCAACAGCAAACGCAGUUCAAAUACUUACAAUGCAUUUAUUUGGAGAUGCUGGUUCUCCUUAUCUACUUGGAGUGCUCUCGGAUGCAAUAACAGCAAAUCUCCCAGCAACUUAUUACAGCAAAUACCUUGGUUUACAACGAGCAAUGUACGUUGCAUUGUUUGCAUCAGUGCUUGGUGGAUGUGGAUUCCUGAUGGCUUCGUUAUUCAUUGUGCGUGACAAGAAAAAAGUGGACGAUGCAUUAGCAGGUUUGUUGCCAGUGAGUUGUUCACCAAACUCGGACAGCAGUGGUUCUGUUGAACUAGAGCAGAUCUCAAGUGAUGAUAAUAGUUCAGACCCAUUAAUCAAACCCACACCAGUAAUAGACAAUACUAAUGAAUACAUGGAACCAUCUGGACAGUAUAUGUCUGGUCAAUUAGAAUCAUUCUACACCACUAAAGAUGAAGAAACAAAUGAAAAGAAACAAAAUAAUCAUCUAAAUUCUAAAGACAGUUCACCCAAAGUGGAACAACAAGGUUACAUUUCAGUCGGUGAACCUAAACAAAAUUUUCAGGAACCUAAGAAUAAAAAAUAUGCUGCUCAAACUGAGGAGUGGUAUGCAACUGACAAGCCACAAAGUGGUGAUAAAGGUUUAAAUGUAUCGGAGUCAAGUUCAGUUACAUCCAAUGUAUGUUUGCUUGACGCUAAAGAAAGCUUAAUUUAAUAUCUAAAAAUGCAAACUUCUUUAACUAACCACGAUAUGCACAAAACAUUGUUUACUUGUAUUAGCCCAUAUUAUAAAUCACAGUAAAUCUGUUUUAAAACUAGUUAAAAAAGUUAGCAUUAUUUUAUUAGUGCAAACGCAUUAUUUUUCAGUACAAUGAACUAAUUUAUUCAUCAGCACUGCGCAAACCAAUCUUAUACAGCUUACAGUAACCUUGUGAUAAAUGAAUUUAUGAAAAUUCUAUUUAUUAAUUGAUAUGAGUUUCAUAUCAGUAAAAGUUAUGUUUAUCCAAUGUUGUACACCUGUAAGCUUUUGUUUUGUACCGAGUUAAAGGGUUGUUUUUGAUUUUAUUUUGCCAUGGUAGCUUUGUUAGUUGUGCUGUAGUCAGAACCUACCAUACACAUCUUUUUUUACAUCACUGUUCUUUAAUAUUCAUGUUGCUCAUUUAAUAAAACUAUAUAGUAGUAGUGGAAAA